AACGUACAGUAACGUUUGCGCCGCCAUACGCAAUAUUCGUUAUUUUUUAGCGUGUGCGCUCGCGUUCAUCGAUAAACACAGCCACAUGAAGAAAAGUUUUAACUAACAUUUUUUUUUUGUGGGGUUUUUGGUGGGAAAAUCAUUUUUUCUUCUAUGUUAAAUAUAAAUUUCAAGAAUGGCGGCACUUGGAAUUUAGUCGGAAGACUGUCGAGCCGGUUGAAGGGAAGCGAUACCAAAGUGUCAGCGGUCGUGGUUUGGAAUAUGCGUGGAAAACCGAUAAAUCAGUAACGACUGGGACUUUACAAGAAUAGUGAUGUAUGGAAAAAAUAUUUAAAUUUGAAGAGAAAAAAUAAGUUUGGAAAAGUGACAUACAUAAAUCAAUACGAGUGUAUACAACAUUAUAUAACUUUUCGUUGAUUUAAAUUAUUUAACGUGCUAAAAAGUGAAAAUUUAAAACGAUAAAUCAGUUUUGUUAAUAAUUUUUAAGUGGAAUCUGUGUUUGCUUAUAUUUUAUUAAGAAUAUAAGGAAAGCAACUUAGUGUCUUAAAGAUAUAACGAUAAUUAUUUUUUUAAUGUUUUAACCACAGAAAAGACACUGAAACCGAAAACCUUGAUAGUGAUUUAUGCGUUUCUCACCAGAUUCAGGUGUUGUGAUUUUUUUAAUGAAUGCCAAUCUAAACAAUUUGUGUAUACAUUGGAAUGUCUUCUCAUCACUCCAGUAAAUAAUUUGAUUAGGAAACCUAUCGGAAAUCUGAUUGAAACUUAGCCCAAGAUCAUAUCGUCAAGUGGAAAAAUGACUAGCAUCCGAAUUAGUGGUGCUCUGAAGCGGGCCCCUUUUUCAACGGCCGCUGUACAAAUACCAGCCGAGAUCUCAUCGACCAGUGACAGAUUCAAAAAUCCACAAAUAGAUAGCAAAGAAAUUGAUGAUGCCCAUAUCAAACCGUACUCGGAGGUCCCCGGUCCAAAAGGUUUACCAUUCAUCGGAAACUCGUGGAGAUUCGCACCAGUCGUGGGUCACUAUAAAAUCCACGAGCUCGAUAAAGUUAUGCGAAAUUUAUAUAAAACAUAUGGGAAAAUUGCGAAAAUGGAAGGAUUAAUUGGACAUCCAGACCUUUUGUUCGUAUUCGAUGGCGAUGAAAUACGAAAUGUAUUUAAAAAGGAAGAGGUCAUGCCACACAGACCAUCAACCCCUUCACUACGACACUACAAAGCGAAUUUACGUCCAGAAUUCUUCGGCGACAAUGCAGGCUUGAUUGGAGUGCAUGGCGAAAAGUGGGAUAAAUUCCGGGCUGAAGUUCAUCACGUGCUUUUACAACCAGCCGUAGCAAAAAAGUAUAUCGCGCCUUUGAAUGAUAUUGCGGAGGAUUUUAUGACAAGAAUAGAUGAAAUGCGCGACGAAAAUUCUGAAUUGCCAGAUAAGUUUCUGCAUGAACUUUACAAAUGGGCUUUGGAAUCCGUCGGACGUGUUGCACUUGAUACACGAUUGGGAUGUUUAUCAAAAACGGGAAACGAUGAAUCCAAGAAAAUCAUUAACGCUAUUAACACUUUCUUCUGGACUGUGGCUGAAGUUGAGCUGCGAAUGCCAAUUUGGCGAAUCUAUCCCACAAAGGCCUAUAGGAAAUAUAUUUCGGCUCUAGACAGUUUAAUCGAAUUAUCCAUGAAACAUAUAAACACUGCAAUGGAGGAAGCUGAGAAAACUGCAAUUGAGAAAAACGAGGCUGAUAUUUCGAUUGUCGAAAGGAUUGUGCGGAAAACUCAAAAUCGACGCAUUGCUGCUGUGCUAGCAAUCGAUUUAUUUUUAGUUGGUGUUGAUACCACGUCAGUCGCGGCUUCCUCAACAAUAUAUCAAUUAAGUAAAAAUCCCGAUAAACAAGAACGUUUAUUUGAAGAACUGAAGAAAGUCUUGCCGAGUAUUGACGACCCCAUCAAUCAGAACGUUUUGGAAAGUAUACCGUAUUUGCGAGCCUGCAUCAAGGAAACUUUAAGGAUAUCUCCCGUCACCAUUGCAAACGGUCGAAGUUUACAAUCGGAUGCUGUCAUCAGUGGCUACCACAUACCGAAGGGAACACACGUCCUAUUCCCACAUUUAGUGGUCUCUAAUAUGCAAGAGUAUUUCCCAGACCCAGAAAAAUUCAUCCCAGAGAGGUGGCUGAAAAAGCAAGAAAUCGAGAAUUUACGAGAAUGUCCACAUGCUGGCCAGAAAAUUCACCCUUUUGUGAGUUUGCCAUUUGGAUAUGGCCGAAGGAUGUGUGUUGGCCGACGUUUUGCGGAAAUUGAGUUGAAUACGCUUUUAGCGAAGAUUUUCAGACGAUAUCAGGUGGCGUACAAUUACGGAGAGCUAACAUAUAAAGUCAAUCCAACAUAUAUCCCUGCUAAUCCGCUGAAGUUUAAACUGACACCAAGAGAAAACUGAAAAAAACGAAGAGUCAAAUUUCUGCACCAAACUCCUUCAAUCCUCUCCACAAGGGAGUAAUUGAACUCCCUGGUUUUAUGCCCUUUCCUGUCGGACAAUUUUUAUACCAAAAACUUCAUUUUAAGGAUGUAAUAUUGUAAAUAGAAUAAUAGAUUGAUGAAUGAGCAAA